AUGAUUACUAUAUUCCAGAAGAACCCGGUUGUUGAGAAAGAAAGAAAUGUGGAUGAACUAUUGAUUGAAGCAGUUAGAAGCAAACCUGGCCUUUACGACUUUCGUGUACCUGCUUCAACGAGAACUAUGUUGCGCAAAAAUGCAUUAUGGGUGGAAGUGUCGAAUAUACUGCAAGGAUCCCUUAGUCCAGAAGAAGCUAAAGCUAGAUGGAAGUAUCUCCGAGAUAAUUAUAUAAAAACUCGAAAGAAAGUUAAAGCAUACAUACCUAGUGGAUCUGCAGCUCCUUGUACUGUUACCGAGAAGAAAUCAAAAUAUCAAUAUUAUGAGCUCAUGAAAUUCCUGGACAACUCAUUGCAAACGCGACCGACAGUGAGUUCGUUGACAGAUUCCAGUGAAGUAGUCACUUUAUUUAAUAUAGGAAACGAGCAAAGUGAAGAUGAUGCUGUAGCUGGGCCUUCGAUAAUGCAGAUUUCAGCUAUCAACAAUUCUCGACAGACAUCGGCAUCCAUUCCCUCACGGUCUCAAACACCCAUAAAUAUUUUUCCGCAGACGUUCGAUUCCAUCAACGCACUUUCUGAAACUCCGACAUCUACAAAAGAUUUUUCAUCAACUGAACGCGGAGUACUGAAACGAUCAAAACGUUUGUUUAUUUAUAUUUGCAUUAGAGUUCCUUUUAUUUACCGCGGGAAUGACAUUUUAAUUUCUUUGCAGAAUCGACACAAAAUUAUUCCGUUGACAAUCAUGAGUUACGUGGUGUGAAAAGUCAGUGUUUUUUUUAUUAAAGUUAUUUUCUUACCUAUUAAUACUGUAAUGAAAUAUUUCUAGCGUCAAUAUGUACGUUAACGUAUUUGUGUUGUGUUUCAGAGAAAAAAAGUGAUGCCGAUUUGCAAUCAGUUUUAAUAGAAGCUCUGAAAGAGCCAACGCAAACGACUGAUCCACUGGAUGGUUUUUUACUACGCUUAGGAGAAGGUAUGCGAAGACUGACAUACCAAGAUAGAGCCCAAUUAGAUAUACAAUUUCUAACGUUGUUAGCUGAAAAGGAAAAUGUUUAUUUUCAUCGAGAUGUAGGCAGAUCUCAAUAACACGACACUCAUACAAUGUUUUUCAUGCCUACGCAUACUUUUGGAUAUAUUUAUCAAAACGUUUUUUUUCGUAAAUCUUAUAAAAUGUAAUUUAAUCACUAAAGAGAACGAAAAACUGUGAUAAUACAUUUAGCAUUUUCUUUAAUUUCUGCACAAUAGUUGCUUUUCUCGUUUAAAAAAUUAUAAGA